AUGGCGUUUAUCCUUAUAAUUCAGCUGAGCUUAAGUUGGGUUAUAAAUACAGCAGAAGCCCAGAAUACCAGAGUGGGGUUUUAUUCCUCCACUUGUCCAAAUGUCGAGUCGAUUGUUAGAUCCACUGUGGAGUCUCAUGUUUAUUCGGAUCAGACGGCUGCACCGGCCCUGCUCAGACUUUUCUUCCAUGACUGUUUUGUUCAAGGUUGUGAUGGGUCGAUACUGAUAACUGGCCCAUCUGCUGAAAAAAAUGCACUCACCAACCUUGGGCUGCGAGGAUUCGACGUAAUUGAAGAUGCGAAAACUAAAGUGGAAGCUGCCUGCCCCGGCGUUGUUUCUUGCGCUGACAUUCUCGCUCUGGCUACUCGUGACGCAGUCGUUCUGAGCAAGGGAACCAGCUGGAAUGUUCCAACAGGAAGGAGAGAUGGACUGGUUUCCUCCUCUUCUGAUGCAGCUAUCAUGCCAACACCCUCCGACUCGAUCGACGUUCUUAAGAAGAAGUUCAGUGAUAAAGGCCUCAAUACCCAAGAGUUUGUAACUCUAGUUGCCGCACAUACUAUUGGACAAACUGAUUGCCAGUUUUUCAACUAUAGACUCUACAACUUCACCUCAGAUGGAAAUGCAGAUACCACAAUUAAUACAGCAUUUGUGAGUGAGCUCCAGUCUGCAUGCCCAUUUGGUGGCGACGCAUCAAAAAGAGUUGCUCUGGAUAAAGGAAGCCAAACAACUUUUGACACAUCUUUUUUCAAGAAUGUGAGAGAUGGAAAUGGAGUGCUUGAAUCUGAUCAGAGAAUGUGGGCUGACAAUUCAACUUCACCUUAUGUUCGCCAAUAUGCUGAAACUUAUUAUGGAUUUGGCACAGCGUUUGCUCAUGCUAUGAUAAAGAUGGGCAACAUUGGAGUAAAGACUGGGUCAGAUGGUGAGAUUCGUACUGUUUGUUCUGCUUUCAACUAAAUUGGCGCACUCAACACCAUACCCAAU